AUGGACCCAAGCUUAACUAGCUUAGGUACGAGUACAUUGUCUCUCAAAGAACACACCACCGAGUUCUCAAGCUGCAAUAAGGCACCAACAAGAUUUGCGCGUGCCGUUAAUGGAAAUAUCCGUGGCCACCUUUGUUCUCCAUACGACCUAAAUGCAUCUUCCACAUUGAAAGUUCCGGUUUUCACAGCCUCUGCAAGUAAUCCAGUUAGGACAAUAGCAUCUUCUAGUGCACAACAAGCGCCUUGCCCAAGAUUUGGUGUCAUAGGAUGCCAAGCAUCGCCAACUAGGACGACCUUUCCUUUUGAAGAUGGAGGGCUUACUCCCGGCCAAAGCCACCGGUCGACAAGAGGGGUUCUUAUAAUUGUGUCGUCCGGUGAGGAUCGAAUGACGUCCAAAAGCUCUGUGGGCCAAUCUUUAACUAGUGUUUCGGUUUCUUGCCUCAAAAUGGAUGGAUCGCAUAUGCCUGGAGAUGGGCUGUUGAAGCAGACAAACCAGUACACUUUCGUAUGGGAAACUGGCACUUGGAGAUAUACUGAUAAAGCUAAAACCUUAGAUGAUAUCUGGGAUUCGUCCUCAAGUCUCAGAAUGGUUUCACCAUUUUCACUUGUUUCGAUGUUUUUCAAGUUGGAGGAGAACGAAAUUGCGUUCGGGGGAAGCUGGGAAGCAAGUGUCUCUAACAGAAUUCUCCUUUCUACAGCACGAACCUCUUGA